AUGGGCAAUAUCAAUUUCAUUAUCGAUGGCUCUUUAAAAAUAUCCAAGAGGGAAGCUCGCACUUUAACUUUUCUUCUAGAUUCGCGCAAAGAUAUGGCUGCCAGUGCUCCCAAUAGAUUUGAGCCGGGAGGCUUCAGAGGUGUAAGGAAACCUCCAACCAUUGAAGAGUGGGAGAAAUUCUCCAAUUUUGAAAAGGAUCAGAAACGAGGAGAGGAAUGGAUAAACCGUGUUUAUGGAUGGAAUAUCAAUGCGGCCGCCAAUGCUUUGCCCGGAUUUAGAUGGUUGCCGGACAAACUUUUAGGAAAGGGCGUUGCGGUCUUCAAGAAAGGGGUUAUGGAUAACCAUGGUCAUAGUGUACGUUACGAUAGAGUUGUUGUAAAGCAAGCAUCCAGCCCUGAAGCAAAAGCAAGGCUACAAAAUGGUGCGUCCAUGCUCGAUCACGUACGAGGAAAAUCUGUUCUCGAUGCCGAUCAUAUAAUUCUACCGAUUAGAUCAUACGAAGAAGACGCGGGUACUGGUGCAGAUGAUACCUUCGAUCCCGCGUAUGUUCACGAGUUUGCCCCGGAAACAGUGGGAAGGACAUACGCAACCUACUAUGAACAAGGAAACCUCAGUCAGUGGCUAGAGAACAAUUUUGGGUAA